ACAAAAUAAUUAAUUUAGUGAAAAGGAAAGUGUCCUCCCUCCUAUAGAAGAAAAAAAAAAACGUGAAGAGUAAAGGAGCCGGGGGCAUCGCACACCUUGUAUUCUCUCUUUCUCCGCCAUGACCAGCUCUUCCGCUCCCUCACGCAAGGCUUUAAGCAAGAUCGCGUGCAAUAGGUUGCAGAAAGAGCUUACCGAGUGGCAAUUAAAUCCUCCCACUGGAUUUAGGCACAAAGUUACCGAUAAUCUUCAAAAAUGGACAAUCGAUGUGACCGGAGCUCCGGGGACGCUCUACGCGAACGAGACUUACCAGCUUCAGGUUGAAUUUCCCGUUAAUUACCCUAUGGAAGCCCCCCAGGCAUUUUUUGUUCCUCCGGCACCGUCACAUCCACAUAUUUACAGCAAUGGACAUAUUUGUUUGGAUAUUCUAUAUGACUCGUGGUCACCAGCAAUGACUGUGAGUUCGGUCUGCAUCAGCAUUCUCUCCAUGCUAUCAAGUUCACCUGCAAAGGAACGCCCCGCAGAUAAUGAUCGUUACGUCAAGAAUUGUAAGAACGGGAGGUCCCCUAAGGAGACGAGGUGGUGGUUCCAUGACGACAAGGCUUGAUGCAACGACCAAGAGAAGCCCCCUCUAUUGUAAUAUGAAGAUGAUGACACUGAAAAUGUCGAAUCAUCAAACAUUUAAAUGUUUCCUUUUAACUUGUUGUCUCCAUCUUUUUCACUUUUAUCUAUGGAAUGUCAAACUCGCACUUCCCAAUAACUCAGAGAAGAGAAACAUUGCCGGAA